AUCAGUCUGAUUUACUUUCCCAUAUCGCUUCACUCUUUUACUCAGGGUAUUGACAUCUGCCACAAAUACGACCGUAAGGUCGUAAGGAGAAAUCCUAAAAGUGACGAUGUCUACUUGAGGCUUCUGGUGAAAGCCUAUAAGUUUUUGGCACGGAGGACCAAGUCAAAGUUUAACAAGGUAGUGAUGAGACGGCUAUUCAUGAGCAAGAUCCACAGACCCCCGCUUUCUCUUGCUCGCUUGAAACGCCUCAUGACGAAGCCUGGACGAGCGGAGAAAAUUGCGGUUUGUGUAGGAACGAUCACAAACGAUACUCGCAUCGUGGAGUUUCCGAAAAUGACGGUCUGUGCCUUGCGAGUCACUGCCGGAGCUCGGGAACGUAUACUUCGCGCCGGUGGGGAGAUCAUCACUUUUGACCAACUGGCUAAGCGGUGUCCGCUCGGUCGCGGAACUGUGCUAAUUCAAGGACCACGGAAAGGUCGCACAGCCGUGAAACACUUCGGACCAGCUCCUGGUGCUCCUAAGAGCCACACAAGGCCUUACGUUCUAUCCAAGGGUAGGAAAUUUGAACGUGCCCGUGGCCGUCGCGCAAGCCGCGCCUAUAAGAAAUAA